GAAUGCACACAGUUGAUAAGGACGAGCUCAUAAAAGCUGAUCGCAAGUCGGAGUUGCCUUUCAGUUUGUACCGAAACAGCCACCAGCAGUGCUCAGCUGUGGACAGUGCGACAGUGAUCUUUUGUCUUUUUUAUAAUACGAACAGUCUAGAAUUGUGCUUGUAACAGUGUGUGAUCAGACAUUAUUUUGAACAGUGGAACCCGCUACUUCUGUUAUCAGUGUGAACCUUUUGAUUUGAACUGUGAUUUCGUAAACUGUGAACUAAAGUGAGGACGAAGUAGUCUUUUCUAGCCUCAAUCGUUUAAGAAAAGGAGAAAAACAAACAACAAAAUAGUGAAGUUUUUCCGUGCUUAUUUGAUUGUUGGAACACAGGACCUAACUGGAUAUUGAUAGACCGGUGCAUUGAAUGGUGAAGUUUGAACUGAGCAGUGAGAUCUGCUUUGGCGUGCCAGAACAGCGACAACAACUGCGCGUAGAGCAGCGGCUGCAAACGCAGCAGCAAACGCGGCAACAUUCGUGUGACCUGAGCUACACUUUGUUCUUGCAACGUGGAAAGCUCGACAGAAUGGCCAGUCUCCCGCAGGCUGCGUUUGCCGUACACAAACUGCGCAAACCAAGAACCGACCAGGAACUCACCGUGGCUCGCCGCGCAAUGGAUAAACAGGAAAUGCCACGCUACUUUAACAACCAGACGCUGGAUCUAACACCGGUCAAGUACAGCGAUAAGUUUAUGAACAGCAUCUGGGGGCUGUACAAUCGUUAUUCACCACAUAACUUCAAAAAAAACAACGGAUCCGAUGUGCAGUACUUUAGCAUGCCACAGCCAUUCGCUGUUGCAUGCGCCGCUUCGGACAAAAACAGAUCCGAAGCACCAACCGGUUCCAAGAAAGCGUGAAUUGGACAAUGAUUGAUAUUUUUGAACUUGUAGUAAACACUGAUUAUAUGUAGAUAGUUAUAGGUGUAAUACUUAUCUGUGUUUUAAAUUAGAUAUUAUAAAAAUUAUCCGUCUAAUAUAUAUGCAUGAUUUCUGGGACUGGUAGUAUAA